AAGGCCCAAGCUCAAAAUUGAGCGCGAGGUCGAACUUAGAGACGGGCAGAAUCUUGAGCAUUAUAAGGGUUUCGGCAACUUCGAUAGCGGCGGCAGUGCGGCGGAGGAGGUUUGAUCGUCGUCAUGGUUCUCAAAACGGAGCUUUGCCGCUUUAGUGGAGCCAAGAUAUACCCCGGAAAGGGCAUUAGAUUUAUUCGUUCAGAUUCUCAGGUCUUCCUAUUUGCCAACUCAAAGUGCAAGAGGUACUUCCACAAUCGCCUAAGGCCCGCAAAGCUUACGUGGACAGCUGUGUACAGGAAGCAACAUAAGAAGGACAUAGCUGCUGAAGCUGUGAAGAAGAGACGACGAACAACCAAAAAACCCUAUUCAAGGUCCAUUGUUGGCGCCACAUUAGAAGUAAUUCAGAAGAAAAGAUCUGAGAAACCAGAAAUUCGCGACGCCGCUCGUGAAUCUGCUUUACGUGAAAUUAAGGAGAGAAUCAAGAAAACUAAGGAUGAGAAGAAGGCUAAGAAGGCAGAAGUGACUGCCAAGCAGAAGACGACAAGGAGCAAUGUACCUAAGAGCGUCGCCGCACCCAAGGGUCCUAAGCUUGGUGGUGGUGGAGGUAAGCGCUAAUUUUCAUUCUUGCAAGUUAAAUAUUUUAACUAUUGUGUUUAAUUUUUACUAUGUUUAUCUUGUUGGAGGUUUCACUGUUGAAUAGUACUGCCUUUUGGAUACUUGCUGUUUUUUGUUGUAGCUGCAAAUGUUUUAUUUAAACACAUGCUUGGUUUCUUGUUUGGAAUACAACAGUCUAUUUUACUUACGACAAAAAUAAAAAUUGUUUGAUGUUACUUACAUAAAA